AUGAAUUAUACCCCAUUGGAUCAAACUCGUAUGCAGCAGCAAGCAGUCUCUGUACUGUGCUGCAACUGUGGUGUCCCCAUGGAUGGAUCAUCUGGAUUAGUAAUGUGUUACGAUUGUAUUAAGUUGACAGUUGAUAUUACUGAGGGUAUUCCAAGAGAAGCAAAUAUCUCAUUUUGUAGAAACUGUGAGAGGUUUUUACAACCACCUGGUCAAUGGAUUAGAGCAGAAUUAGAAUCUAGAGAACUUUUGGCUUUAUGUCUGCGUCGUUUAAAAGGGUUAAAUAAGUUGAGACUGGUGGACGCAUCAUUUAUCUGGACUGAACCCCACUCUAGGCGUAUAAAACUGAAGCUUACUGUACAGGGUGAGGCUAUGGCUAAUACGAUCAUUCAACAGACGCUUGAAGUAGAAUAUAUUGUGGUGGCGAUGCAAUGUGCGGACUGUGCUAGGUCCUAUACUACGAAUACAUGGAGGGCUAGUAUUCAAAUUAGACAAAAGGUUGCUCACAAGAGAACGUUCUUAUAUCUUGAGCAGCUGAUUUUGAAGCAUAAUGCACAUGUUGACACAAUUUCUGUUUCUGAAUCUAAGGACGGUUUAGACUUUUAUUAUAGUCAAAAGAAUCAUGCGGUUAAGAUGAUUGACUUUUUAAAUUCUGUUGUACCAAUAAAAACCAAAAAAUCUGAAGAAUUGAUUUCUCAGGAUACCCAUACUGGUGCUUCUACAUACAAAUUCUCAUACUCUGUUGAAAUCGUUCCUAUCUGUAGAGAUGACCUAGUAGUAUUACCGAAGAAACUAGCCAAAUCGAUGGGUAACAUUUCUCAAUUCCUGUUGUGUUCCAAGAUCAGUAACAGUCUGCAAUUCUUGGAUCCUACAACCUUGCAAACAGCUGAUAUGACUGCCUCAGUAUAUUGGCGGACCCCAUUUUCCUCACUGGCAGCUAUAGGACAGUUGAUUGAGUUCGUUGUUUUAGAUGUUGAGCCAACCGGCGAUAUUAAAGGUAAAUGGGUGUUAGCCGACAUUACCGUGGCAAGAGCUAGCGACAUGGGCGUAAAUGACCAGAUCUACUAUGUGAGAUCUCAUUUGGGUGGUAUUUGCCAUCCAGGUGACACCGUUAUGGGUUAUUACAUCGCGAAUUCCAAUUAUAACUCGGAUCUAUUUGAUUCCUUGGACUUUGAUCGUGUCCCGGAUGUUGUAUUAGUCAAGAAGCAAUACCUCAGAAAGAAUAAGAAAAACAGAAACUGGAAGCUGAAGAGAAUGGCAAGAGAACACAGGGAAAUCGAAGCCUCUCAAGAUUAUUCCAGACAACAGAAGAUAGAUAUGGAACGUGCAGAAAGAGAUUACGAACUAUUUUUGCAAGAACUAGAAGAAGAUCAAGAAAUGAGACAAGCUGUGAACCUAUAUAAGAGUACUAAGCCUGUUGAAGAUGGUGCAAUGGAUGAAAGUGAAGAUGAAGAUGCUCCACAGAUUGAUAUUGAUGAAUUAUUGGAUGAGUUGGAUGAAAUGACGUUAGAUGAGCCUGAACAUCAAGAGCAGGAAGUUAUGUAA